AUGGCAACCACACCAGAAUAUCGAUUGACCGAGGAGCAGAAACAACACUUCCUCGACCACGGCUUUAUAAAGCUAGAGGACUGCUUCUCCCUACAAGAUGAACAGUGCAAGAAGUUGAUGGAUCGUGUCUGGGAACGAUUAGACAUGGAUCCUCAUAAAAAGGAAACCUGGAACCCAUGGCGAGUGCAUCUUCCUCGCUAUCAUGAAGCCGUGCCCAUGCGAGACUUUUGUCCCAAAGCAUGGUCAGCAAUCAUCGAACUCUGUGGUGGCGAAGACCGUAUCGAUACCGGUGAGACGGAAACACCUGACAUGAAUGACAAGCGAGAAAUCUCUCAAUCAGUGAUAAAUGACGGCUUCAUCGUAAACGUCGGCAAUGCCUCCGACGCCAUAAAAUGGCAAGAAGCCUCAAACAAUGGCACUCCUUCAGGUCCAGACAACCUGACUCCUGCACAACAAAAUUUACUCGAUCCACAUGAUAGAGAUAAUUGGCAUGUAGAUGGCGACUUCUUCCACCAUUUCUUGGAUAGCAAGGAGCAGGCUUUACUUCCCAUUGUAUUAUUCGGAGAUAUCAGGAUUGGUGGGGGAGGUACGAUGAUAUGUCCCGAUGCCAUAGCCACGAUGGCUGAACAUCUGUACUCGCACCCAGAGGGAGUGAUGCCAGACAUGACGCCUAUUGAAGGACGCACCAAGCCCUACAAAGAUUUCGAACAUGGGUUUUUCGACGAAGCUGUGAAGCCUGUUGCAAAAGAAAAGUUCUUGACUGCGACGGGAAAGGCUGGGGAUAUCUAUUUGCUUCAUCCUUUGAUGGUGCAUUCUGCUGCGCCUAACUAUUUGAGAGAACCAAGAUUCAUAACCAAUCCACCAGUGGCAUUGAAAGAGCCUUUUAAAUUUGACAGACAAGACAGGAGCGAAUGCAGUCUGGUUGAGCAGAAGACACUGAAUGCAUUAGGGCGUCCAGAAGGGUUGACGGGAUGGAAGGUCACAACAGAGAGGAAGCUUAUCGUACCUGAAAGAGUCAAGCAGCAGGCUACGAUGAAGAAACUCUAG